AUUACAAACUAUGGAACAUAUGAAAUACCUGUUUUAUUUUGUAUUGGUUAUUAUAAAUAUCACAAUUUUUUUUUACAUUACAAAUUACACGUAAUAAUAAAAAAAAAUAUAUGAAAAUCUGAAAAAUAUUCAUAUAUCCAAAAUAUAUGAUAAAAAUGGCGAUUGUGAUAUUUUCCAAGAUCUUCUGAUCUAGGAUGCUCUUUUUGCUAAUAAUUCGGGAUCUCCACUUCUGUGAUUAUGGGUUUCUUCGUAUUGUGGUUUUAAACGGAGGAGAUUUGGUUUCCGAUUGGGCUUUGAUGAUUAAAAGGGAUCUGAUGGAUUGGAGGAAUAUUAAUGGAGAUUUGCUGAUACAAGAAAUUUCGGAAUCGGUUGAUUCGAUGAAGGUACUAUGUAUCUUUUCUAUAAAAAGUUUCGAUUUUUCUUAUGUGCUGAGAUCGUUGGGAGAUCUGUGGGUUGUCUUUAUACGUAUGAUUGAGAUAUAUCAUGGGUUUUUUGAGGAAAGUAAAGGUUUUUUUGGAUUUUGGAGUAUCUCAAAUUUCUCAGGGAUGGAAAGGCAGUAUUGUGAUUGGAAGAAAGAUCUCCCAACGAUCAUGUCUUUUUUAUUUUCAUGUCUGAUGGCUGAGGAUUCGCCUUUUUUACUUAAUAAGACUGCUAUGUUGAGGCUUUAUAUGAUUGGUGCACUGAGAAUAGGUUAUUAUCUAAAUAGUUCCUACUAUUAUGUUCUACGGAAUUCAAAAGUAUUGAGGUAUGGGGUGUCCUUUUGUAUGAUUAGAAAACAGGGUCUCGGCUUUGGUGUCUUCGGUUAUGUUAGCUUUUACAUAAUCUGUAAUAAUUCACACUGGUUGAGUGGUUUUGAAGUGGUAUGGGGCAGGAAUGAGGUGGACUCUUAUGAUGCCUUAUCAUGGUUACUUGGUUUAACAGUGAAAGGGAUUCACAUAAUAAUAAGAGUGAAUCCAGGUUAUACUUGUGAUUGUUACAAUUGUAUGGUUUCUUUUUCCAUUUGUGUUUUUUUUCUUUGAUGGGCAGGUUUCAUCAUUCAUGCAUGCAGUAAAGAUCCAAGAAAGAAAAUGGUUUUCCUUGGUUAAUUAUAAUGUAAGCCGGCUUAGUGGUUUCGAAUUCAAUGGUAUCUUAAUCGGACUAAGAUUAUUGAUCUUCAAAAAUGAGCCUUGUAGCAUAUAUAUGUUUUUUGUACGACAAUUCUCUUUGGUUGAGCUGAUGUGGACUGAGAUCUGUUUUGUGAGAGGGUUACAUCGGUUUCAAUAUUGUGAUCAUGGUGCUGGCUGGAAAUUAUUUUUUGUUACUUCGG